GCAUUGGUUUUGGUAUCCAUUGUCUGUUUGGCAUCAUGCGUUGAGUUGGAUCGUGCCAAGUACCUGAAUUACGAUGUGUGCGCUCACCCCGACUCGGCGUCCAUCAGCCCAGUCCAGGCCGCGUACAUCAAAGACAUCGUCGCAUACCUCACCGCCAAAGGCCAGGAGACGGGCGGUUCCCUAAAGAUCCUCGACUUUAUCUAUCAAAACAUUAAAGAAAUGGCAGACAAUAUGAAAGCGUCGGGCGAUGCUCUUCGCAGCUUGAAUUUCCCCGUCAUUCCCGAUGUUUACGACGACAUCUACAACAAUGUCUACGGCCUGAAAGGGUUCAAGAAAGCGAUGGCUGAGAUCCCGUUCAUCGCGUCGGCCGAGAAGCAGGCGGCGGUCGGCAAGUUUGCCGGCACUUCGGAGAUCAUCAAUUGGAGGACCAAAUUAGACGCCAAGAGACGCAGCUGUUUGCCCACCAAAACCCAAAACGUUGCCGGAGGUCAGGCCGCCUGGAAGGUGGAGACCGACAAAGUUGUGGCCACACUCAAGACCCUUAUCCCCCAAUUGAAAGCCGCCGGAAGUAACUACUGGGCCACUCAGCACCAAAGAAUGUUGGACUACAUCGUGGCCGGUAUUCCCCAGAUUAACGCGUGGGUCGCCGCUGUUGGAGAUCAGGACAAGAAGGGAAGAGCGUUGACCAGAUUGGCAGAGGAUUUGAAUUUGCUAAACACUGUCGCCUCCACCCGAUAAAUGGUCACAGUUUUUAUUAAUGACAAUUAUUGUCAGACAUCAGCACUGAUCUUAUAAAUUGAGUUUAAAAAUUAAUUUUUUUGAUGUAAACCUUUCUAAUAAAGUACUGAACAUUGAUUAUUAAUUACAA